AUGGCCGCCGAAAACAAGCCGGAAGGUGAGCUGUGAGGGAUGGGAGGGAGGGAACCGAAGCGCCGGCAGGACAGACCCGGCUGGUUUCACUGACUGAUGGAGGGGACGGCGGGAGGGUAGCCGGGAGGGCUGAGGGGACACGCGGCGGUGGCGCGCAGGCGGGAACGCGCGCGCGCGCGCGCAGGGGGGGCAGCCCCCUCCCUCGAAUUCCGCUGGCGCCUCGCGCGCGCUCCCUCCAAAAUUCUUCCAAACCAGCCCAACGAGGCGGUGUCUCGGCUCGGCGUCUCGGCUCGGUCUCCCGGCCCGAAAGUUUCGAGGAGCUGCUGCCGCUGCUGAGGGGAGGGGUCGGCGGAGGGGGCAGCCUGGGGGCGGGGAAUGGCCGGCCAAUGGGAGAGGGGGGGCGAGGAGAGAGGGGGCGCGCGCGCAAACCCCUCCCCCGCCUCUGCUCCUGGCGACCCUCCGGAAUAGGAUUCCGCCUCUCAUUGCCUUGCAUGACAAGUGAGGCGGGGGGUGGGGUGGGAAGACAGAGAAUCGGGGGGUCUUCCCUAGGCGAACGGGGGGUUUGUCCCUGGGGUGAUGGUGAUGGAGUGGGUGUCCUCCUUGAGCUGCAAGAAGAAUGCUGGAGGGGCGCAAAAAGAGAAGAGUUCGGCGUGGGAACACAAAACACACAUACACACGUCUGUGCCUCUUGUUUGUUAGGCUGGGGGGUGGGGUAGGAAGCAGCACUUUUAGUCAGAAAUCAAAAAUAUUUGCCUUUAGCUACUGAAUACCUAAAAGAAAGAAAAGAAACCCCUAGAGGUGACGGCUGCCUGCUCCGUGGAGCGUGUUGGAGUUGGCAUGUCCCGCGAUUUGGGCUGGCUGGCCAGUUCUGUCAGUGCACUGUGAUGACGUCCAAGUGGGGAGGGUUGGGUGGGUUAAGGUCCUGUGUGCUAAGAGAGUGGCUGUCUGGCAGCUGUGACAUGCUCCUACAUCCCUGUGCACACCAAAGGCAUAAGCAGCAUCAUUCUGUGUGAGGAUUGCAAGCGGACAAGCCCUGCCUUUGAACACAUGGUUCACCUGCCAGGGUUUGCCAGUCAAAGGAGCGACAGAGCCACCUGUUCUCAUUGUCAGUGGAAAGGUCUGUGAAAGUCACUCUUUGCAUACUGGGGAAAGAGCUCUGGCACUUUUCUUUCCAGUCUCUGGCACUGGAAUGUUGCGAUUGCCCUCACUUCCUUUUGUAUAUUUAAGCAGGACAUGGGAUUGGUGCCUUUUCGUGUUGGGAUAUUGCAGACCGACACAGCAAUUUGCCAAUGGCAAAUGCAGGUGAAAGUGGGCAUUUACUUGUCAGUUUGGGAGAUCUGUGCCUGAUUGCAUACAAGGACACAGGCACUCUGCUGUACGGUGUUGGUGGGACAGGCCUGCUUACUGAAGGCAGGGUAAGGUUUGAGCCAUAGUGAGGUCACAGCAGGCGUUGCUAUUUGUGCAAUUGGAGGGAAGGGAUGUUUGACUUCUCCAGAUGUAGGGAAAGAGAGGCAUAAUUUUGCCAGCUCUUUUGCUGGGCUGUGGUAAGAUGUGGUGGAGUAAGGGGCAGGGGAAAUAUAUACAUCCAGCCUUUUUAUGUGGGGAUCCAGUUUGCUGUUGUCACUGACAAGGGCAAGGCCUUGGAACAUUAAAAAAAAUAUAGCCCUGUUGAUCCUUGGUAGCUAGCAUGGGCAGAGAAAAGUGCUGUGGUACGUGCAUGAUUAAUAUGUGUGUGAAAAAAACAUCAAUGUUGUGGACCAGAGAAAGAGGCAAUGUUCUGGGCAGCCAAGGGCAUGCCUUAAAAGGUAAGCUGGAGGCCAGGUCAUCCUUUCUGUUGGUGGGGGUGGGUGGGAAACUGAAUAAAUUGAGUGGAGGACAGGGCCUUGCCUCUCAUGGCAGCUGAGGCAUUACCAUAUUGCUCCAAAUAGUCUAUCCUCUGCUGCUGUUCAAGGAGAAGGUAUGGUAUUGCUGCUUGGAGGUGCAAGUGGAGGCUACAGCAGUGUCAUGCACGUAGGUAUUUGGCAUGCACAGGUAGAGAGGCAGCCGUUUGUAUAGAAUAAUGAAUAUGUGUGAUUUAAAUGUGUGCAUGAUAGCAUUUUCACCCUUAUGUAUGCUCCACGGGCCAUCUCUGGGUAGCACAGGCACACCUGUGUGGCUGGACAUUCGUCUCCCCCUCUCCGUAUAGAGAAGUAAAUAAAUUUGAUGGCAUUUACCCAACUUUACGCUUAGGUUUGUAAUUGACUCACAUCUGCUUGUUUCUUUAUGAUGCUUCCCCUUGUUGCUUCCUCUCUGUGUUGUGGGCUUAGUGGGGCAUGGGCUGGCUAUUCAGCCCUUGGUUUACUACCACUUCUGCAUCACGCUGUAAGACACCUGAGAGGGGACAUGUUUUUAAUGGGGUUGAUUGACUGCUUUCAAUUCACCUUCACCUCUUGGCACCAUUUUGUUUCUCCUGUAUAUACUUCAGUCACAGGUGCAAUAUGGCCUAAUUGAUGCUAGCCAUAACAAUCUUAAUAUGCCUCCCUCACCUGUAGGCAGGUGUGUUGGUGCUAUCCAUUUAGGAACAUUGGAAGCUGCCUUCUGUUGAAAGAGACACUUGAUCCAUUGAGCUCACUGUUGUCUACACUGACUGGCAGUGGCUCUCCAUGCCUGGAGAUGCUAGGGAUUAAACAUGGGACCUUUCACAUGCAAAGCAGGUGCUCUAUCACUGAGCUACAGCUUUUUCCCCCCCUUGUAUUAUGGGAAGGGCUGAUCCUGGCAGUGUGUGUUCAUUAUAGAGGACAGACAACAACAGUGGCCCAUGCAAAGUGAAAGCUGGGGCACAUGCACCCAACUGUACCAGUGUUUCUUAGGGAAAGGGGCUAGGCAUUCUAGGUGUGGCUUUUCAAAAUGGGGAUUGGUAAGGUAACCAUCUACUACGGAGUAGUACUAGCUCAUUAGUAAAGCACAUGCUUUGCAGCAGGCAUCUCUGGUUAAAUAAUCUUAAGUAAGAAGGUUUGGGGAAAACCUCUGUCUGGUGAAGACCUUGGAGAGCCCUUGUCAGUUGGAAAUGGUGUAGAUCAUAUUGAGCUAGAUGGACCAGUGGGCUGUGGCUCAGUGUAAGGCAGUUUGAGAUGUGGGAAUUGCCAUUCAUAAUAAUAUGCCCACUCAAUAAACAUACCCAAUGUGUGAUGUUAUCAAACAUUCUUUUCCAGUAGUACAGUAUUUUGCCUUAGUGGCAUGAUCUUCCUUCCUUCUUUCCUUCCAUCCUGUUGUUGUUUAUUAAAUUUGUAUACUGGGCUUCAGCUGAAGAUCCCAGGGCUCUUCACAUGUGUGAUGUGUGUACUUUUUUCUUGUGCAAAUCAAUCAAUCUGUUCUAAUGCUUCAAAUAUGUAAAUGUGCAUAACUUGUGUCUCCAUCUCUCCAUCAGAAGGAAUUGCUCAAUGCAUGUCUUCCUUGCAUAUGUCCUUGUGUGCCUGUCUGUUAAAAUAUUUAGGCAAUAAUCCAUGUGCAUGCCAUUUUCUUGGUGUAGGUUAGAAUUAUUUUGGUCCCACAAAAUAUUUGGAAUGUCCAGUAAGCAGAGGAGUUUCCCUUGUUUUGAGUCAGUGGGUUUAGAGUUUGCUUUGGGGCCUGUUGGUGCAGGUGAGAGACUGUUGUCAAAGGCCUAAUAUUCAAAGUAGUCUAAAAAUGAGAAUGAAAAAAAACCCCACCUGUGAUUGGGCUAUGGUAUCUGAGGUGCUACGAAUCAAUCUCAGGUGGCUCGUUUUAUGUAUUACAAAUUAGCAUUCAACUUCUUUUUUGAUCGAGAGCUAAAACAUUUAGCUGAACUAAAAUAAAGUUGGUAUGGUGCAUGUCUAUGCUUUAAACAUUACUGCACAAUGGGAGUGGUGUAGUAAUUGAAAUGGUGGCAGUAGUAAUCAAGGACUCUAGCCAGGGAUAAAAUAAGGGAUCAAAUUGUUUGUUGUUUACAGCAUUUUAAAGCAAUAAAUUUUAUAUUAAAAUCAAAUUGAUUUUGUUAAUGAAUUCUCCACAAGUGUUUGAACCUUUUGUACAAAAGUCUUAUUGAGAUGUCACCUUGGUCUUGGAAUUAAUUAAAGCUCAAUAGGUAAAAAAAGAUGACUUGUGACGGGAAGAGGUAAAGCCUGUAACUUUUUGGUGAAGUUGCAUGAAGAGAAUACGGUUUUGAAAAUCGGAACACGAGUCUUUUAUUGCAUAGCCACAAGGGGGUAGUGAUGUACUGUCAAAGAAAUUUGUAGUGUAUUGGCUGAUCCCUUUAAGAACAUUUUAAAUAUACACAUUGGGCUGGUAUAUAUGAAUGCUAACUCUGUGAGAUAUUUAAUUUUUUUUGCAAGUAAAGGUUUUCAAGGGUUAAACAUGUCCUGUCUUUAUAUAGGCUGUGUAAUGCUGGAUGGUUAAAUGUUCUUUUCUGUGCUUCUGUAGUCGUACCUGCGUACACUUGCCAAGGCAUCGGUUGCAAUCAAAGUUGUUGUUUUGCAUAUUGCAUUUAGAACUUCAAAAGUACUAAGGUGGCAUGAGGUGAGGUGGGAAGCUGUGCCCAAACCUUAACCAUACGGAUAUGACAAGUAGGAGAUGUUUACUCUUGAGAUUAAAAAGCAGGUUCCAAACAGCAAAAAAAACCCAAAACCAUAUGUGAAUUGUUUUCUUUUUUUUCAAGGCUUUCAUUCAUUUGCAUAACUUUGUCAGAAACAUGCAACAUUGCCUUUAUUUGUACAGUGCUAGCAGGGCUGGAAAGCAACUUGAAAUUUCUAGAUGUAGUCAAUGGGUUUUCAGUCGGUAGUAGUAUCAGAUGUCACAGAGGACUUGCACCCAAUCAAACUGUUGUGGCUGGGUACUUGGGGCCCUGCAUGCUGGAAUGGACUUUGGGGGUCUGAGGGAGUGAAAUGGCAUAUGUUCUCUUUCCUUAUGGAGAUGCUGCUGAAACAGUAUAGAAUGGGAUGUUAAUAUGUGUUUGCCUUAAUAGAGAAGGUGAAGAGUCUUUUGUUAACAUAGUAGGUCAAAGGAUGCCAUUCAAAAUCUUCCACCAGUUUUAUAACUCUUGUGCUUUAAAAUACCUCAUUUGCAGCUGCACAUAUUCAGCUAAACAUGUACUGUAGUUAUACAAUUACCCACAUCUUUCCCCCCAUUCAUAAAAUCACUGACUUGAGCUCCCAAAUUCAUGGCUUCUGCACGUCCAUUUGCUGUGCGCCGUGGAAGUUUCGGGAUAAUCGAGCUUGCGUGGGUGAGUAAAUGGAGAGGAAGAUGCUGGCUUUGCCUUCUAAGAUGCGAAUAAGCAUUUUCCUCACGUAAAAGGUUGUUGAUGUCCUGUUUUGGUACAGGCAAUACUUGAGGUGAAUGAAUUUCAUGUGGGCUAAUAGUUAUAAGCCAUAAAGUUGCUUGAAUAGCGCUUAAAGCUUCAUUCUUGUACAAUGUUCAGGAAGUCUAGUUCUUUUGGGACUGCAACAGCUGUUAGUGUGUUGAGACGAUUAACCUGCAAGGUCACUUGUUUCUCUGCUGCAGAAGGUCUGCUGUAAGCCUGACUUGCACCCUGUUUAAGCAGGAAGGUGUCAUGUAGUCUUGCCAUGCCAUGUGAUAGUAGUGUUGUCAUGUGAUAUUCAUGCAUUGGUGUUUAGAAAUGUCUCUUUGUGUAUUGCCCUUCCUCAACUACAUUCCUGGUCCUUGUAGAUAGUAGAUGUGAAUGUUGGCAUUUAAAUUAACAUUCAGAAAACUCUUGCUCAUCAUCAAACUCCUGUGAGCUCUCUGAGAUUGCCAUAAUCCAAACUGCUUGAUCCCCACCCAAAAAGAACAUUUUACCUUCAUUAUUUUGUGUUUACUUUGUCUGUAAAUUAUUACAUAAUUUUUAAAUGGGUUACACUGUCCUUUACAGUAGCUCAGAUUGUUCUAGACAUCCUGACAUUAACUUGUUUUCCACUUAGUAAAUAUUUAUUGUAAUUUUAGUGAGCUGGCCUGUGCGUGGCCAUUCUCCCUCUUUCUUGGAGGGGGGGAAUGGCAAAAAUUCUUUUUUGCUUUGCUUAAUCACAUGAUACUUAACCUCUGUCAAAAGUAUAAAGGGAGCCAUUUCUCUCCUUUAAUGAUUGUACAAAGACAAGUAUUUCACUAGUGGUUUAUAAUUGGAGAUGCUGUUCCGGUUAACUUAUAAAACUUAAUGUUUAAUAAUCUCUGGACUUAACUGCGUGUGAAAUCAAGUGGGCUGACCAUUCUCAGGUCUGAGAAUCUGACUGUAUUUUGUAAGCCAUUGAUACACUCCCUAAGGCACCAUGGAUGAAGUGGAAAGCGCUGGUGCUAAGAAGGGAGUCAUGUUUAUCCAUUUGUAUUGAAGGGUGGCUGCCUCUUAACUGUUCUCUGCCACCCACAACAGGGGGGAAUAAGUGACAAGGGAAAGGUGUCAUUCUCAGUGGAGGGUUUUAGGGAUGUUCUUGUAGUACAAAAGUCUUGCUCCUGUUGUGAGAAUGGUUUGAAAGUAUGGUUGUUAAAUUGUUUUCACCCCUUAGUAUUUCUGUCCAGAGUGCUGUACUGUAUGGCCUGGUGGCUCACUUGGGGUGAUGAUGUACUUCCUGGGGGUGAUAAUGUUACCAGAACACAAGCAUGGAGAAAUAGUCGUCUCCACCAGGGCAGAUAAUUCAGCAUUUAAAACUCAUUUCUCAAACUGCCAGCCAUAUUUCUGGAGUCAAAAAAGUGUGUGUGGAUUUUGAAGUGUUAAGUAUUCAAGUGAAUAUUUAUAGCAAGGCAUAGAAUGGGGUUUGGGGGGGGGGGACCAUGAACAGAUUAGUUAACAGGUGAACGCAGAUAGCUGUGCUAAGUGGAUUCUCUAUUGUAUAGAUUUGAAAUAGCUUCUUGCUGAGCUGCUUCUUGGUAAAAUCGAGCAUUUAAUUUGAAAAAUGAAGACCUUUGUGGAGUGUUAAAGCUAAGGGAAAAUGUAGCCUGUGCCUAUAGUUUAGGACUGGCAGUUAUAAAACUUAAUCUUCAGCGGGCUGGGGAUUGGAACGGCAUCUGAUGAUGUCUCUUGCAGAACAUAGACAUGUUAUGAUCUGGUUUUAAAGAAAAGCAUGUUGUUGUUGUUUGUUUAAAAAAACCUCUCUGUCCAAAGGUCUUGCUCAUGUUGGAGUUUGGACUUUGAAGGGCAUUUCCUGUGGCUGUCUACUUUGAUUCUCCUGCUUGUAAAAUGUACUGCAUGACGACGACGGCUGCUGUUGAAGAACUGUUCUGGUUUUAUUGACCAGCCAUAGGCUGGGGGCAGCAAAUCAUCAACAGAAAGAUCUCUGCUGUGGAAUUUGCUAUAUUAGUUCAGCUAGAAGCCUUAGCUGCCCCUGAGAUUUUCAUACAUGGCUGGAAUGGGAGCAGGCUUUUCAGCAUUUAAGCAACAAAUGGCUGUUCUGGAAUAGGGUUCACUUUAAAAAUGAAAUUGUGCCCCCUCUUAAAUUUACAGAUUUUCGUCACUUGUAGAAAUAUUAAGUAACAUCUAACUUUAAACUGAUGGCUUCAUCUAGAAGUGGACACAGAUCAAUUUUUGAGUAUAUUUAGAAAUGUUACAAAAUUAAAGGUUUAGUAAAUAGGGUAGGAAACUUGGACUGGCAACUUUCCCCCAGGUUAUUUUUAAUGGAAUGUGACUUUCGCUUUGCAUUUUGAUGCCUAGGAAACUGGGAAAUACUGUAGUUGAUAGUCCAGUCAGGUUUUGUCUUUUGGCUCCAGGCCCCGACAAAGAUGCAAGGAAGCUUCUUGGUUCCAAAAGGUCACUGUAGGGAAAAGAACUGGAGAAUUUCUGUGACCCAUUGAUUUAUUCCAAUAUAUCAUUUUGAAAUAACUGCAAGUGUAUAGGUGUGUGUGUGUUUGUGUGGAAAGGACAAGUUCUUUGCUAGUGAUUAUCAGGAAUCAAAUGGGAAUGAAAAUAAGAGGGUACAGGUCUGUAAGGCUAUUCUCUCCUGAGACCGGUAUUAUUUGGCCUAGUGCAACUGCAUUUGAAAUAUGGGUUACUGUUCUGGUUGCUUCAUCUCAAAAAUGAUAACUGCUCUUUCCCCUUUUUUCAAAAGGCAACCAAUGCAAUCAAAAGGUUUCAAGCACCUUUACUAUGGGCAAAAUAUCUGGGGCUUUUAAGUUUAGAAGAAAAAUGACUAAAAAGGGAAUAAUGGUUUUUAAAAACUAUGUAAAAUGUAGAGAAAGUGCAGAUAUAUUUUUGUUCUAACUUGUAAUACUAGAGCUUUGGGUUAUCUAAUAACUCAGUGGCGGGAGAUUCAAAACAGUCACAGGAAAAGCAGUUCACACAAACAGGAAGGCAUAAUAAUGGUAUGAAAUUCAGUUGUGUGAGCCAGAAGAUGUGGUGAUGGCCAUGGACUGAUAUUGUAGAAAAAGGCAUGAGGUUGAAGAAAUUCUGGGAGAUGAAAGAUGGUCUUAAUGGUUCUUCAGAGUGAAAUUUUGAAUCAUAUAAUCUACCAAAAAUGCGUCAAAUACCCUUAAUUAAUUGGCACCUAGUUUCCCAUCUUCAUUUGAUGCUUUUUAAAGUUUUGUUUACUAAAUAUAGAUGUGCAAUCUAAAUUUUAUCUGUUCUAUAAUAAUCUAAAGUUUCCUGUAGCUAAAUAUAUUCGGAGUGAAAUAUUUGAUUAGGAAAAACAUUUGAAGCACAAUUACAGUGCAAUCCUAGACAAGUGUACUUGGACAGAAGUCUCACUGAAUUCUUGGGACUUAGUCCAAGCUAAGUAUGUAUAGGUUUGCAGCCUUAAUGUGGUUUCAGUGUUUAAACAAAUCCAAAGCUUUCCCUGGAAAUUAUUUUUAUUGCCAUUCUUGUAAAGACAUGACUAUUCAGCAUCAUGAACUUCCCUUGCAUCAUUUAAGAAGAAAAUAACAAGGCAUUUAAACCUAUUAAUAAGCUAGUUUCAAUCUGCCCAAAGACCCACGUAUUGAAUAUUUUCCAGGUAAAGUCAUCUGAGAAAGUAAUUAAAAUGUUGAAAUUGCCCAAAUGCAGUGGCAUUCUAUCUACUCAUUAGAUUAAUCAUUAAGAAACUAUGCAUUUCUAGAACUGGGAAAAAAUUAUGUGGAAAUAGAAAUGGACAUUUUCCUGCUCUGCUUCACUGGUUAUUCUCUCUAACUGUUGAAUGGAGUCUCCAGGAUUGGAAACAAUUGGCUUCUGAAUACCAGUUGCUGAAGAUACAUAAUAUUGUACAGUGGUACCUCUGGAUGCGAACGGGAUCCGUUCCGGAGCCCUGUUCGCAUCCUGAAGCGAACGCAACCCACGUCUGCGGGUCGCAAUUCACCGCUUCUGUGCAUGCCGUGACAUCAUUUUGAGUGCCUGCGUGAGCGGCGAAACCCAGAAGUAAUGGACUCCAUUACUUUCGGGUCGCCACGGAGCGCAACCUGAAAAUGCUUAACCUGAAGCUACUUCAACCCGAGGUAUGACUGUGGUUGAUCUUGUGUGUUGUUUGGUGACUUCCUGGAAGCAGGAGGUUGGUUUGCUGGAGGGAAAGCCAUUGGGGAAUGAGGGUGUUGUCCCUGGGCUCAUCCCCCUCACAUCUUCUUUUCAUGCUAUGUGUAAGUUACAUUCUUCCUGCUCUUUUCUUGAAAUUGACUACAGCUGCUGUUUAUAUCUUGGUCAUGAAGAAGUCUUUCCUAAACAUGCUGCCUGAGGCAAGGGAGUUGUAGUCCAAAACAUCUAUGGGCACCAGCUUGGGGAAGCAUUGGCAGAGUUUCUUGGUAGGGCGUCUACUACCUUACAAUGUGAAAGUUGUAAUGUUGGAAUAUAUAUAUUUUUAUACAGUCGUACCUUAGAAGUUGAAUGGAGUCGUUCGACUUCCAAAACGUUUGGAAACCAAAGUGCGGCUUCUGAUUGGCUGCAGGAAGCUCCUGCAGCCAAUCAGAAGCCCCGUUGGACGUUCGGGUUCCAAAGAACAUUCGCAAACCAGAACACUCACUUCUGGGUUUGCGGUGUUCAGGAGCCAAAAUGUUCAACUUGCAAGGCGUUUGGGAUCCAAGGUACAACUGUACAGAGGUUGUUUUUUAAAAAAUUUCAGUACAGGUAACUACUUUUUCUUGUUGCAAUUUUGUUCCUACACUUGUAGAUUCUUAUCUCUUACUACUUUAGCUUUUACAAUAAUUAUGGAAAAGACAAGUGCCCUGUAAAAGGUGAGAAAACAAUUUUGCAGGCUUUGAAAAACGACUGCCUGGAAGCAAACCUAAAUGGUACAAAUGCAGCCGCUCCAGGGCUUGUACAAAAAAGGCCAGCUAGGCUGUGUGGAGCUGGAAACUGCCCUGGCGUGUAUUGCUGCUUUGUUCAGUUUUCAAGCACAUGUUGAGCUUGCAGUCUGUCACCCAGAUGGCUAUUUUUAGCACUACUACUGCUGCUUUCAGAAUUUCUCCCUCCCUCCCCCCUUUCCACUAAACCUUCUUGUUAAAUAAUAUUCUUAGAUGUAUUUGAUCUUACUUGGCGAUUUGAGCCUGGCUUCAAACCUGUGCAGUUCAUUUUAUGCAUUUCGUCUUCACUCUGCUUUCUCAUGCAUAAACUGAAUGGGACUUAAGAGAUAGCAGCUUGAGAAUGCACAUCAUCAUCAUCAUCAUCAUCUGGAUUUCUUACACACCCUUCACCCUGAGGUCUCAGGGUUGUAUGGCAGUGCAACAAUAGAAGCAGUUAAAACAGCUUAAAAUCAAAAGAAUUUGGUGAGAUAUAUAUGUCGAAGGCCGGGGCAAAGUGGUGAAUUUUCAGCAUACAAUAAAACCUAUAUACUGAAGUGCAAUAGGGACGCGGGUGGCGCUUUGGGUUAAAGCACAGAGCCUAGGACUUGCCAGUCAGAAGGUUGGUGGUUUGAAUCCCUGCGACGGGGUGAGCUCCUGUUGCUUGGUCCCUGCUCCUGCCAACCUAGCAGUUUGAAAGCACGUCAAAGUGCAAGUAGAUAAAUAGGUACCGCUCCGGUGGGAAGGUAAAUGGCGUUUCCGUUCACUGCUCUGGUUCUCCAGAAGCGGCUUAGUCAUGCUGGCCACAUGACCCGGAAGCUGUACGCCAGCUCCCUCGGCCAAUAAAGCGAGAUGAGCGCCGCAACCCCAGAGUCGGCCAUGACUGGACCUAAUGGUCAGGGGUCCCUUUACCUUUACCUUUACCUUUACUGAAGAUGCACCUCUGUGGGGAGGGAAUUCUACAACGUAGGGGAUGCCACGGGGAUGUUCUCUCUUGGGCCAGCACCCCUCAAACAUUUGUGGGUGGUACGACUACCCAAGAGGGCCCACACUCUUGAGAUGGUCUAUAUAGGAAAGGAGGUAGCCUAUUCAGAUAUUUGUGGCCUGUAGUGUUUGGUGAAGUAUGGCCUCGGUGCUGCUGUUCUCUCUCUCUCCGCGCCCCCCCCCCCCGUACAUAUCCACCUACGUCAGCUGGGAGACGAAAGUGAACAGAGAAGUAGCAUAGUUUGAAUAGGUAGUAGCAGUUAGCUGCAUGAGAGUAAUUGCAUUGAGGAGUUCUGUCAUCACAUUAUUAUGUAGUGAGAACUUGAUGGGAGUAAUCAGCUUGUUUGUGAUCCAGAAGAACUGUGUGCAGGGUAAAUAAAUGACAAGAUGUUCAGUCCAAAAUAUUACUUUUCCAAGCUUCAGGAGAAAUGUCUUGAAUUGGAUAAUCAUACUGCAGUAUGUCUCCAAUGACAUCUUUAUUUCCUCUCUCAAAAAUACUUCCCUGAACUCUAAAAUUGCUUAGAGGCAUAAUCUAGUGAUUCUGCCAAAGAGCAGUAACAUCAUUAAAUACUUUUCACUGUUUGCAUUCAUAUGCUGGCUGUUGAAUUUGUUGGGAGUAUACCUGCCCAUGCUGUGGCUUCCUGCCCACCGCCUGAUCUUGUGCGGCAGAUUGUUUAGUUCUAAAACAGAGGUUUUCUGCAAGUCUCGUUCUGGUGGUUCACAGUGUGCCUGUAUUAAAUAAUUGUAUUGAACUUUAAUUGUAUUUUUAUUGCUGCUUUUAAUUCUUAUUGUGUAUAUUAUUGUAUUACAAUAUGUAUUCUUCGGACGGUAUACAGUAAAAUACAACAUAAGAAAUAAAAGAAGCAGUAAAAUACACUUGGAAAUAAUCCAGCACAGUGCAUUACAAUUGCUGCAAUAGGCAGAAAAAUCAUUUAAGUACUCCUCCAAUACAAUCAGCAAUUUUUAAGUGGAGAAAAAAAGUUUGAGAACUACUGUUCUAAAAUAUAAUGAUUACCUUUUUGUGACCUAAUCUUGAGUGUGUUGAAAUUACAAGGGCAGGAAAAGACUUGACCUGACACAGCUGUUUGUCAGUGUUGGGAAGAACAGCCAAGCAGUGCAAGCGUGUUGCUUUUGUAUAGUUGGAAUAGGUUGUAGGUAGAACAAGACUGCAUGUUCUGUGCAUUUGUUUUAUAUUUGUAAACCAGUUAGAAGCCAUUUUGGCAUAUAAGUGGUAUAUAAAUUAAUAAAUGAUGAUGAUAUUAUAAACAUGUGUAAAUAUCUGCAGUCACAGUGGCUGGUAUAAUGCUCUUAGGGAUUUGUUCUUGUGUCCUUGGUUCUUUGUAGGAUGGAGAGGUGGAAUAUAAAUACAGUAUGUUAAAUGAAGUAUUUUGAACCCGAAUGGAAGGUCUGUUUUAUGGGACCCUUUGGUGGGGGAUGUACGUUGCAAACAGUAAAAAGUUAUUUGCACCAAAGCUUUGAUAGUUAAAGGCCUACAGUUCCAAAUCUAUUGGAUCACCAAAUAUGUAAGAACUGGUAAAAAAAGAGAGAGGGGUAUGUGUAUGUGUAUGUAGAGGAAGGGAGGGAGGCAUGAUUUGUUUGCUGUUGUAUGUUUCAAAUUUUUAUUGUCUAUGUUGCCUCCUUUGGGAGGAUGAAGUGCAAGGAAUGUGAAUGAGGCUAUAAAACCACCAAGACUUUAUAGAGUGUAAUUAAUUCAGAAUCCUUUAUGGACUUUUAUUGGUUGGCCUUCUCUCCCUUCCCUCACUUACCUUUAAGACUUUUAAGAUUUUUGUACCAUGGAGUUUAGAUGAUUGCUUUGCAGAACUUGGACUGCUGUCCAGUCCAAUUUUCCAAUUUUUGAGUCCCACUGAGUUCAGUUAGUAAUUCCUAAGUUUUGGCUUAGUGUACUACACCCAAGACACUUACGAAUGAUGCCUUACCUGAAUAUGUAGCCACUUUGUUAUUUUGUCACGGGGAAUUUUUUUCUGCUUGAGCUGUAUUGAUUUUUUUUUUUUAAAUGACAUGGAGCUCUUGUUCCUAAUACUGAAUUCAGUUGUGGUCUGCCACUUGCUGCUCCAUGUUCUUGCCUCCUUUGCCCCAAUUUUUGCAUUUGUCCACUGUGCACAUGAAAUGAAUAGUUCAGUGUAUAAAGUGUGACAGUUUGGUUCUUAGCUCUAUUUUACCCUUCCAGUCAAUGUGAAGUUUGUAUGGGUUCAUGAAAUGGAUAAGAGGCCUUCACCGGUUUGGUCCUUCAUGAGGGUUGUUGGCUGUGCAGGACUCAAGAGAAGACUCAGGAUUCACCAGCUGACCAUUGGUUCUUGCUGAAAGCCCUGUGAUAAGCUUUGAAGCUCUGACAAUCAGCUGAUCAGCAGUGCCUGCAAUCCCCCUUUUGGCCUAGUGCAACUUCAGCUGCCCACAGCUGAUGCACAUGGCUUUUUCAAAAUGGCCUUGUGGAUGAGGAAGCCUGGCUGGUCUAAUUACUUCUGCAAGCUGGAGGUUCCCUGCCCCUUCCUGAAGUGAUAAAAAGUUGAUAGUUCUUGUAGGGACACAGAUCCCGUUCACAUCCAGAGGUACCACUGUAUAUCCAGACCAAAGGCUCCAUAUUUUGGUUUGUACUAAGCAGUGACUCCAGUUGCUGAAAGUUGAUAAGAAUAAAAUGACGCAUGAUCUCCAUGUCUUAACAGUUUCUUUACUCUGGCAUCAGAACAUGUGUAACCCAACAGUACUUCCUUUUCUGUCCCUUUUUAUGUUACGUAGAUGCUUCAAAGAGGAGCAGCUUUGCUUGAUGUUCUGUCAUGCAAGCAGCAACUUAGUGUGAAUUUGAAAGAAUGAAAAGACAGUUUAGAUCUGAAUGCCAGAUCUUUGCUUUAAAUAAGGAGAAUGAUAAAAUCGAGAGGCUUCAUUUCUGUAAUUUUGGUGUUCACUGUAGACUUAGUUCAUCAAGGCAGCAUGCAUAGUCCUUCCCUUCCCACCCCUAUUUUAUCCUCAUAACAACCCUCUGAGGUAGGUUAGGCUUAGAGUUGGUGACUGGUCUGAGUCACCCAGUGAGCUUUCAUGGCUUAAAGGGGAUUUCAACUUGGGUCUCCCCAGUUCUAGACUGACAACCACUAUACCACACUGAUCCCUGAGUAAAGCUUCCCUGUCUGUCUUGACCUGGCUCUACUUUGUGCCUGAGCUUAAACAUUUUAUAGUACCGUAUUUUUCGCCCUAUAGGACGCACUUUUUCCCCUCCAAAAAUGAAGGGGAAAUGUGUGUGCGUCCUAUGGGGUGAAUGCAGGCUUUUGCUGAAGCCUGGAGAGCCCCACCGCCAGCCCCACAAGCUCGGGGGACAGCGGGGAGGCGCAGCGCGCCUUUCCCGCUGUCCCCCGACUUGGUUAGAAGGCUGGCGGGGGGGGGGGAAGCCUGCUCCUCCCCGUCGCCAGCCCCGCAAACUCGGGGGACAGCGGGAGGCGCAGCGGGAAGCUCGGGCUUCCCCCUCCUCCAGCCCCGCAAGCUCCCAGAGCUCUGGGUCCCGUUUUGGGGGCUGGGGGAGGGGGAAGCUCGGGCUUCCCCCGUCCCAGACCAGCACAUGGGGGGGAAAAUAAUUUUCCCCCCUUUAUUCCCCCCCCCCAAAUCUAGGUGCGUCCUAUGGGCCGAAAAAUACGGUACUUUUUUGUCUGGUGAAGCUGAUAGAUGCUUAUAAUACAAGUCUUUCUUGAGGACUGUAUUUUAGACCAUGCACAUUAUUCCUGAAAGUAGAAAAACAUUUGGAAAUGUCAGUGGAAGAUAAUCUACUUUGCAAUGGGAUAAGAUGUUAUUUCUAUGUCUGUCUGCCCCCCUCUUUUCUGCAAAUUAAAUGCAGCCUAUAUGAAUAGCCGCUUGUUACCUACACCUUAUUUUAGGCCCGGAUGUGGUAUUCUAACAAAUCCUCAAAUGUGCUCAAUGCACACAACUAAGGCUGAUAGUAGAAUAAUCCACUGCUAGUUUACUUGUACUGCAUCUAUGUUUUCCUUUUUGUUAUCCAAACUUUUGCUUUUCCUUUCAGAUAUUUGAUUAUACAAACAUACAUGCUGAAAAAUCUGGAGAGAGGGCCAUAUUUAUUUUUAACUGGUAUAAGCUUUUUUUUUUUUUUACAGCACCUUGGACAGUACAUGCUGUAGAGUAAUCAUAGGAAUUUAAGUUGAAAAGAACAAACCCUCCCCACAGCUGUGCAGCCUUCCUGUCCAUCAUGACUUGGGUUUGGUCUCCACGUAUCCACGUAGGCAGCCAUGCUCCAGCACACUCUAGACAUCUGGGAGACUUUGUGGUUUAGUGGCCGUUCAAUAGCUAUCAUGUUGCUUCAGGAGACUAUAGCAGUUUGCAAUGGCCAGGCCUCUGCCCUUUUGUAUGUGAGGAUUGGGAUGCUAUGGUUAUGUGGUUCAUGCAGUGAUCCAGAGCAGGAAAAAAAUUCUGGUACUAUGCUUUCCCAUGGAAACGUAUUCAUUUCUCAAAAUGUGUUGUUGAAUAAAAUGAAUCAGUAGCACAGUGGCCUAGGUCACAUGCCACUUUAAAGCAUAGUUAAAAACAAGCUGUUGCUUAAUGAAGGCAAGCAAUGUGCUGGUGCAUUUACUCCCCCUAUUCCUGCCUUCGUUGCAUCGGGAGGGAAAUAAACCAGAAGCUGGCUCAGUGUUACUUGCAAACAAGCGCUCAUGAUCUGUUUCUCUCAAAACAUACCACAAGCAGUAAGCCAAGAGCAAACCUUGGCUAAUGAGAUUCCAGUUGAAUUUUCCAAUUCAGAUUCUGUUUUUCAAGUGGCCUAUGACUGCUCCAAUCAUUUGCAGAAGUGUCAAGAGUUGUUGUGGUGUUACUGAACCAUACAUGAUCUCUUAUACUGACCUGACACUCUCAGCACUAUUCAACUUGCCCUUCAACUGUCAUACCUGAUUUUUUGUGUGUGUGUGGAGAUAGUGAAUAGAGAACAUUAUUUUGCAUUAUUUUCCAGUCUAGAACUGGAAGUUAUUUGUUGUACUCUUUCUGGUUUGUGGUCAACCCUACACCAAACCCAGGACUCAGGCUCUAUUGCUGUAAUCUAGGACUAUUCAUGAUUUAAAAAAUAAAUAAAUCCCCAAAGGGAUUGUAGUUUAAAAUUACCUCUUUAGCUCUCCCUUGUAUAGAAGGCAUACUGGGGUACUGGGAAUGUCUUCUGUAGAAGUGGCAGCAGAGAUUGGAUUUGCUGUUCUGACACUUCAUUUAGUACCACUUGGGAACAAAGCUGCUGGCAGCUUGUGUGGUUGGUUUGGAAAGAUGUCAGCUCAUAAACUUAGUCUCCGCUUGUGAGAUCAAGGGACUAUUAUGUCUGUGGUACAAGCUUAGAUUUGUAGUGGCUCAUAGCCUUAUGGUCACAAGUGGUAUUCGUAAUGCGACAAGUUAUGGAGAUGAAUUCUCUCUCUCUCUCUCUCUCUCUCUCUCUCUCUCUGUGUGUGUGUGUGUGUGAGUGAGUGAGAGAGAGAGAGAGAGAGAGAACUUGAACCUUUUGCAUCAGAGAGGAGGAAUAAGUUCUAAGUCUUGUUUUCUGAUGUAUUGUAUUUACUUUUUUCCUCUUUGUAGAUGAUCAUGGAAACAGCAAUGGAAGUCAUGUAAAAAUCUUUUUACCGAAAAAGCUGCUUGAAUGUCUACCAAAAUGUUCCAGUUUACCAAAAGAGAGGCACCGUUGGAACACUAACGAGGUAGAUACAUCCAAUUUCUGUGUUUUUCACUGGCUGGAUUGUUUAAAUCAUAUCACAUUGGAAUCAAAAUCUUGUUCAGAAAGGCUCUGCCACCAUCAGUGUAAAGCCACUCCCCCUCCCCCGGCAAGAAUUGUCAAUCAAGUCAUUGGAAACUUAGCACGAAGUUUGAAUUGUUUGUGUUUUUAAAAACAAACAGGCAGAAUUUGUGGGCUCUGCUGCAUGUGGCAGGUGUUGGCAUUUGUUUGCAUGUCUUGCAUUUUGCUUCUCUCCAAGGUAUAGUUAAGAUCUGUGUGAAUCUGAUGUAAAUGCUCUUACACUUGUCAGGAAUUAAUGAAGACGUAGCUAUGGUGCAUCUUUGUCUCAAGUGUUAAUUUGAUAAAGACAGGAGGAAGAUGAUAAAACUUCCCAACAGCAGAACUGCUCUUGACCCUGCUUGCACAAUAACUUCCCUGCUUUUCAAAUUGCUUUAAUAUAGCAUCCUCUUGACGGUAUAAAGAAUGAAAUCUAGCCAUGUAUGAAACAUUUGGUAAUGUGCAUAAAGGCUUUCAGAAGUAUUUAGUCUCUGAGGAAUGUAGCAUUCUCAUGUCAAUUUUUAAAAAUCAAACCUUUUAAAUUCCAAGAUAUAGUGGUCAAGUGUGGUUUGUUAUAAUGCAAAAAUAUGUGAAGAGAUGUGAACUCUUAUCCAAGCUCUUCUAAGUUCUUUGUUGACUUCUACAGAGCUAAGCACAGGCUUAAAUCUCUGCUGAUGAAAUGGGUGGGUCUUUAAAGAGCAUAAUCUUUGUUUGGAUUGUUCCUUGCAUAUCAAGUAUUUUGGUGUAACUUUGGGCUGAGCACUGCAUUUAAGCAGUCACACUCUGCAAAGGUUCUACUUGCAGCUUGUAGAAAUGUAUAGGUUUGUCAAGAAUAAGUGGCUUGUAAGUAGUUGUGAAUAUAUGCAACUAACAAUCUGUGAGGGAAAUGUAUAUUUGAUAGUUAACUUGCUAGUUGUCAGAGUUGCUUCAAUACCUUUAUCUGUAACUUAUUUCAGAAGGUUUCAUCAUAAAUUGGGGGCACCAUCUAGCUUAAGUUCAAUGCUCUUAACAUUCCAUUUAUUUUAGUGGAAAAUUUUAAGCAUGUGCACAGUCAAUGGGAUUUACUUACCUUUGACAGGAUUGUAUCUGUGGUGUAGAACAUGCACCUUCACAAGCGGGAAAAAGUGUUAAAAGUGUUGAUAGCAAAGUUAUAUUAUCCUUGAUUUCCCACUGUUUACCUUUGGUAACUUGUUUAGUAUUUCAUGGAUUUUUAAAAAAAGCUUUUUGUGAUUCCUGAGUUCUGACAUCUUAGGUGAUAACUUCUUUUGGCUUUGUUGUAGCUUUACUUGGCUAUUUGUCUUGCAGCCAUGCACAAUUGGACUCUGUCUCUGUAAUUAGUAAAGCUUUUCCACGUAGUACUCUUGAUGUUGUUUGCAAACCAUUUUGAAUAUAAUUAGAAAGUUCUGCAGCUUUUAGCGGAUAAGUAAGAAAGAGAAAACUCAAUUCCUUCUAAAGGGAGUAUCAAGCCUGUGGGCCAAUAUCUUUUGGUCUUUCUCAAAAGCAUUUUCUCUGAUUUUAACCAAAUCUCUGGUCUUUUCUAUUUCUGCUUUGAAGGAUAUGAAAAUAGCCAAGUGCCAUUCAUAAAAACAUGUGGGACUGGCUGCCACAGAUUAGUUAUUCAUGAUAUGUUGAUUCCUUAGGCCUAGAACUGCUACAUAGACUGGAAAUUUGAAUUCCUGUUUGGGUUUAGGCAAGAAGCAGCUGAGUGAGAAGCAACAAUAGUACCUCAGUACAGUUAGAUAGAUAUAGGGCAGGGAUGGGAAUGGGCCUGUGGUCCUCAAUGUUGUUGGACUCUUUCCCCACAUGAGCAUCAGCCAGCAUGGCAUAGUGGGUGUUGUAGACCAACAACAUCUGAAGGGUCAUAGCCUCCCUGUCCCUAAUGUAAGGGCUGAUCUUACUGUCAUCCAUACAGAAUACCAAUGAGGACCCCCCACCCCCAAGUAAGAUACAGAAAUGCUCUUGCAGGUUAAAGAUUUCUGAAAAAAUCCUUUUUAAAGAGUGCGAGUAUGUUUGGAAUAAUCAUAGAAACAAAAGGUGCCCAGAUACAUUGCCAGCUGUAGCUCUGAGAUACAGCAUGGUCCAUGUCAAUCGGUUUGAAGAAUGGCUUCCAUUCAUUCCGGGAGGGUGGGGCAUGAUGACAGAACAGCCUCUAUUGGGAGGCUGGAGAAGGCCUCCAAGAGCCUGUGGACAGGAGUUGUAUUAGCAGUUGUGUGGGAAAGAUGGCACAUUCUCUGUGUAAGCCAUAGAACAAAUUGCAAUUGUGACCUAUGCAGCAACUUGCUUUGUUCUUAGAAUAGUGUUGAUCACAAAUGUGUGUUCUUCUUUGAGUUAUGCAGCAUAAACAGUUGUACGAUCAGGCACGAAAUAAAUUGUUGACUUUGCAGAUGGUGCUCUUGAAGUUGAAGAUGCGUCUUUAUGGAGAGAUUAAAGCAAAUGGUUUCAAGUUCUUCAGAGCUGCAGUUUCAUUUUUACUGCACUCUUUCUCAAAAAAAGAGCAGUUGCUCUUUUAUCUUUGAGAAUUCUUGGAGAACAGGUGAGGUCCCUACAGACUGGAGGUGGGCAAAUGUUGUUCCCAUCUUCAAAAAGGGGGAAAAGGAAGACCUAGGUAACUACCGGCUGGUGAGCUUGACAUUGAUACAAGAGAAGGUCCUAGUUAAUUCAACAAUCAGCCUGUGAGCAUUUAGAAAAGGAUGCUGUAAAUACUAAGACCCAGCAUGGGUUUCCCAAAAAUAAGUCAUGCCAGACCAAUCUGAUUUCCUUUUUCGAUGGAAUUACAAACUUAGUGGAUCAGGGAAAUGCCAUGGACAUAGUGUUAUCUUGAUUUCAGUAAGGCUUUUGACAAAGUGCCCCAUGAUAUUCUUGUGAGGAAGCUGGUAAAAUGUGGGUUGAACGAGGCUUCAAGUUGCAAGAAAGAAGAUUCCAACUAAAUAUUCAGAUAAACUUUCUGACAGUAAGAGCUGUUCAGCAGUGAAACAGACUCCCACGAGAGGUGGUGGACUCUCCUUCCUUGGAGGUUUUUAAGAAGAGGUUGGGUGUUCAUCUGUCAUGGAUGCUUUAGCUGAGAUUCCUGCAUUGCAGGGGGUUGGACUACAUUCUAUGGACUAGAUCCAACUCGUAAGAUUCUAUGAUUCUAUGACCAUAGAGCACAUUUUCUUAUCUGUAAAAUAGACAGGACAGCUGUAGCACAGAGUGGUUCAGAUCAAGUCCUGGAAGGAAGAGGGAAACUUGGAGGAAGGAUAAUCUCAAACCUUCCAUUUAGUAAAGUAACAUCUGAAGUUGUGGGUGAUGGGAAAGGUAUACAGCCUCCUGAUGAGGGAUUUGCUAUUAGCUUGUGGAGAUUCACUUAAAGUGUUUGGAAAUAUGUAGAUACACAGUUGCCCAAAUGCUGUCUCUUUUAAAAUAAAAGUCAUGGUGUCUGUUCUUGUCAGAAAAAAACACUACUUGUUCAUUUUUUUCCUUUCAAAUUGGAGAAGGUAAAUUAUAUCAGAAGUUAGUUUGAUAAUGUCAUUGUGGCUUCACGUGGUUGAGACAGACUAAUAUACAUUUGAUGGUUGGGGGAAAUAAAAGUUAAGGGUUUGUACAGCCAUCAUUGCUUAAGUUCGCUACCAAUUAACUUCUCCAGCAGUAUAUGAUGCAUAUCAAUUUAUAUGCCUUUUAAAGAAUUCCUGUUAUACUCAGGCUAAUACUGCUUUUAUAUGGCAGCGCCGUCUCUGGCUUUUUCAGCAAAGGAAGAGGGUGGUCGCUACAUUACUUGGGGUUGAAAUUACAAACUACUCAUACCACAUUCUUGCGAUUCCCUAACACUUGUUCAUACCGCGGUGUGAUUUUUGUCUGUACAUGCAGUCUUUUUCUUGGAGUUGUGAUUGGCUUCUGUUUUGAUUGGAUUCAAUUUUGGAUUCAGUUUUGAUUUAAUUUGUAUGCUGCCUUUUCGUUAAAAAUUGUACUUAAAGCAACUUGCGAUAUAUGCACAUCUCUGGAGAAGAUGUUGAAAGGAACCAUUCCCAUUUGACCAUCAAAGCUGUAGUGGUAAACAAUGAUGUGGGACAGAACUUUAUUCUUCCAUGGAAAAAUUUCCAUUGCAUAAGUUCAUUAAGUAACAAUGAAUAAGUGUUAAUAGCAAAUACAAUAUUAGGCAAUCAUAGCUGUUUCAAAGCCAUGUUUAAUGUCUUUGAGGUGAUUAUCCCUAGUAAGUAUGUGAGAGAAUAUAUAUAUUUGAAGUCAAAUACUUGUGGUGUGUUGGGACAGAAGAUUAACUUGGGGCACUUUUUAAGCUUUGUUCUCUAAACUAAAGCGGAUAUGCUAAAUGAGAUCACCCUAGGGCAUCAGAAAAAAAUUCUGAUGCAAAUUACCCCAAUCUUCAAUAAAAUCAAAUCAAAUCCUGGGAAACCCCUAUCACUAAUGCCAAGGCUUCAGUUUUGUAGCCACCAGCUAGGAGGGGAAAGUGAAAUGGCCAGACACCUUCACUUUACUAGCUGAAACUUUCCUUUGCAUCCAAUUGUAUUUGUAGAGGCCCUGCAGCUCUGUGCAAGCAUAGGUGUUUGCCAGCUACUGGAGAACGUUUAGGGUUGGGCAGAUAAGGGUAAGCAAAGUAAGAUUUGGAGGAAUUUGGAUUCUUUGCAUGAUUAAAAGACAGCAGUGGCUGUUUCACUGAUUUCACUGAUAUCCUUGAGAAUUCUUUGAGAACAGGUGAGGUCCCUGCAAACCUGAAGUAGGCAAAUGUCCCCAUUCAGAAAUGGAAAAAGAGAAGACCUAGAUAACUACUGACCUGUCAACUUGACAUUAAUACCAGGAAAGGUUCUAGAACACAUUAUUAGCUGGUCUGUUAGCACUUAGAAAAGUAUGCAGUGAAUACUAAGAGCCAGCAUGGGUUUCUUAAAAAUAAGUCAUGCCAGACUAAUCUUAUUACUUUUUAUUAUUUAUUUUUGAUUUGAUUUACUUUUUGACUUACAAGCAUGUUGGAUCAGUGGAAUGUUAUGGAUGUAGUGUAUCUUGAUUUCAGUAAGGCUUUUGAUAAAGUCUCACACAAUAUUCUUGCAAAGAAGCUGGUGAACUGUGGGCUAGAUGAUGUUGCUGCUGGAUGGCCAUCUGUCAUGGAUUCUUUAGUUUAGAUUCCUGCAUUGCAGAGGGUUGGACUGGAUGACCCUUGGGGAAUCCCUUCCAUAUCUCCAAUUCUUUGACUUGCAGGUAUAGGGUGGUUAAUAAUAAUAAUAAUAAUAAUAUGGUAUUGGGAGCAAGUGAAAAUGAUGCCAUGUUUCACAGGACAACAUCAGUCAGGAACCUGACCCCUGUAAAUUGCAAGGUUCACAAUGUUCUUCUUAAUUGUAACCAGCAAGAGAUUUGGUUUUUGGAAUGUUUUCAGGAAACUAGGCUUCACCCUUACCUAUAGUUAACUUGUAAUAUAGUUAAUGAUAGUUACAAGAGCGUUGGAUGAUUUGAUUGGUUCAUGAAAUAGAGUAUCUACAGUGGUUGUUGGACAAUCUGUGCUGGCCAGGUUGGCUAACAAGCUUUCAGGGUGCAUAGACUUUUAAUAUGUAGACUCACCCUUUUCAGGAACCAAAUGCUAACAUUUCUGAAAUGCCCUUUUUGUGGGAGCAGCAAGACAAGUUUUGGAGUGAUCUCCCAGCCAAUAAUUAUGAAGGGCUAUGUCCAUAAGCUGGCCUUUAUAAGGGAAGCCAGCAAGCAAGGUGGAUACUGCCCAGCUCUGUUGAUUUCAAAGUUGCUUUCCCUGUCUCACUGGAAUGAGCAGAUGCCUAUUCCAUUCUGGCAGCCUUCAUGGUUUCCUCCCUCUAAGUGUUGUAUAAUGUAAUGCCAUUGUGAUAAAAAGAUACAGAACAUCAGUGCCAGAAGCUGUCAGUUUAAUUGGGUCCCAACAUUAUUGUUUUUAUUUGCAAUGUAGUCCACACAUUAUUUUAUAUUGGAAGGAAUUACUCUCAUGAAGUUAUACAGAGCAAACUCUUCCCUGGUGAAGUUUCCGAAAUCUCUUUACACAGGGACUUCAUGCCUCUUGGCUUCCACAGUGCCUUUCUGUCUUGGCAGAGUUCAUUAAAUUGACAGAAACUGAGGUUACCUGCUGUUAAUCACAGGCGCAGCUGUCUGUUGUGAAGUUUAGAGCUGGAGUUACAGAAUGUACUGUAGCAAUCUCUGUUCUCCAAGAAACAUCAAAGCCACAGAUUUAUGUGUUUUAG